AUGUCUAUACCAAACAAUGAUGAUAGUUCCAAACUGAUCAUAUUGAUAACGGGUGCUACAAGUGGGCUCGGUAGACUUGCAGCAAAGAAAUGUCUGAAUCUUGGCCAUACUGUUAUUAUCACAGCACGUACGGAGGAUAAACUGAAAAAUGCCAAAGAAUGGAUACUCAAAGAUGCCUCUUUACCGAUGAAAGAUAAGCUGUACGGCCUCCUUUUAGACCUUCAAGAUCUCAAAACUGUUCAAACAGUGGUCGAUGAGUUGCAUAACUUUAACUUACCCGCCAUUGACGUGGUGGUUCAUAACGCUGGAUGCACUUGCACAACAUUUACGCAAGUGAAUGGCUGUAUUGAAACAACAGUGUUCAUAAACGCAGUGGCACCCUUGUAUCUGAACAGACUACUAAUGCCAUUUCUUGAAAAAAGUCAAUGUCCAGGGAAACGCAUUCUGUUUGUCGCUUCGUCUCUGCAUGACAGUAAAGUGAGAGGCGGUGGAAGAGGGGAAGAAGAUCGUAUACCCGACAACGUCACUUUGGCUGACAUUGCAGGCGAUGAACAGGGUUGGCACUCGAUGAAAUAUUACAAAAUCUCAAAACUCGCCGUCGUAUGGAAUAUGUAUGCACUUAGUGAAAGGAUUUCCUCCGACAUACCUGUCAUUGCCUUCUGUCCCGGUUUUGUGCCUGGCACAGAGCUCAUUCGUCAUUCCAACUUUUUUAUGCGUUUUGUUCUCAAAUAUAUCAUCUCUAACUUUAGUUUUACAACAACGGAGGAUGAUGCCACGAACGAUUAUGUCCAUUAUAUAACGUCUGACAUUCAAUCUGCCUCCUACUACCAAAAGAAACAAGUAUCCAGCCCCUCAGCGGAUGCCUUGGACAAAACGAAACAACAGGCUUACUGGGAGCUUGCAAACAAAACGAUCGAUACCCUCGUCAAGGGCAUAUAG